AAAGUAUUUAAAAUUUAUGGUUUAAAGCUGCAAUAUGUUAUCAUAUAUUUCCACUUUUUUAUACAUAUAUUUCCACUUAUGUUUAAAACAACGGGCAUACAUAAAAUAAACUUUGAUAGAUCACAUUUCAAAUGGUUACAAAUUAUGUUUUUAAAUUCAUGUAGCUAUAUGUUUCAUUUCGGGUUUAAGACAAGAUACGGGGGGUACUUCCCCUUUAUUUUAUUUUUUUUUAUCAAAGGCUGCCCCUUUAAAAUAUUGUUAAAAUAGCAAAAUGUUCACAACUUCGUAUCACGUAUCCAGUCAACUCCAACUCAGAAAGAACACAAUUAACGCUAUAGAGUAGAUUAUCCUGAAAACGUACUACACUGCCUAAGCCGUGUUUGAAAUAUCUUCCUGCUAGUGUCUUCAAAAUAAUUAUACUUUGCCGAUCAUGAGCUUAUCAAAAUAAUUGGCGACUAACUAUAGGAAAUUUAAUGUAAAUUGUUCAGAAGAAGACAACUCAGUUCUCCUGUAAAUUACAUGAUUUACUUUUGUCGUCUAUUACCUGUAAAUUAAAUUAUUUAAAAGACUAAACAUAUCUAUAUAACUUUCGUAAUAAUUGAGUUGGACUUGGUUUUCAGAUUCGGAUUCGGAUUCGCUGGCUUGGCCUAACUAUUUUCUUUUAGUUGGUAAAGGAUUCACAUGGUUUCUCUUCACAUCAACCAAUAUCAUAACACGUGAUAAAGAACCCUUUUUCUAAUUUUCUUUAUUUUUUCAGAAGACAGAAGAAGAAAGAUCAUAAAUUAAAGACCUAUCUCGUAGACUUUGUUUUUGUCUCUUUCCAGAAACCAUAAAAGAAACUUUUCCAGCAGACCAAAAGAAAGAAGUAUCUCAUAGAACCUUGAGCUUCUCGACAAUGGAGUCUUUGAAGAACAGAACAUUGCUUAAAGUCAUUGUCCUCGGAGAUAGCGGGGUAGGCAAAACUUCAUUGAUGAACCAAUACGUGUACAAGAAGUUUAACCGGCAAUAUAAGGCCACGAUUGGAGCAGAUUUUGUAACCAAGGAGCUUCAUAUUGAAGAUAAAUCUGUCACUUUACAAAUAUGGGAUACGGCCGGACAAGAGAGAUUUCACAGUCUAGGAGCCGCUUUCUAUAGAGGUGCUGAUUGUUGCGUUCUUGUCUACGAUGUGAACGAUCUCAAAUCUUUCGAAACUCUCAAUACUUGGCACUCUGAGUUCCUCAAACAGGCAAAUCCUAUGGAACCUGAGACGUUUCCUUUUGUUUUGAUUGGGAACAAAACCGAUGUAGAUGGCGGAAACAACCGAGUUGUUGCAGAUAUGAGAGCCAUGGAAUGGUGUGGUGCAAAGGGAAACAUACCGUACUAUGAAACCUCUGCAAAGGAAGAUGUUAAUGUGGAUGAAGCUUUUUGGGGUGUUGCACAGAAAACUCUUUCCAGUGAACUUAAACAAAACAUAUAUAUCCCAGUUAUUUCUGAAUCUUUUGCAGACAUCCAAAUUAACUCUUAUGUGUUCAAUAUUUUUAUUUAAUUGUAUGUCGGUUUACAUCAUGGUUUAUUAACGAAGAACUAAUACGUGCAACGACCUGAGUGUUGUGAUUAGUGUAGAAGUUUUUUAAAAUUUAUGUUUCAAGUUUGUGUUUAUAAUUACGUUCAUACAGUACAAAUCAUUUGGUAUUUUUCGACCUAUAUGUAUAUGUGUUCCAUUGAUUUUUUCUUUUUCCUUUUUCUUAAGCCUACGUUCAUGUUUGGCAUUUAAAAGUAAAACACACUUUGGUAGUUUGGUUGUUGGUGGUUUAAUUAUAUAUAGUCAAUCAAUCUCGUUCUCUCUCUCUCUCUCUCUCUCUCGUGAGCUAUGGAGUGACGCCUGGACCUAGCUAACUUGACCGAAAUGUCAAGUUGCUUAAAUACAACUUUAAAAAUCGCCCAUUAGCUUUAACUAUACUUAUAUUGAAAGGAAGAAAAAACUUGAAUAGAGAAUUACAUGUUGAUCAUACAAAAUACAAUCUAAUAACUCAUUUAGUGAGAUAUCUAACCCAAAAAAAA